GGCCGGGGCCUGGGACUCCGGGGCCGCGCGCAUACCUGCACGGCGCACGGCCGCGGGCUUCCCGCGGUGCAGCGACCAGUCCCUGCGCUGCAGCCGGGGAAACUGAGGCCCGGGCGGCUGGGGCGGAGCUGGCCCGCGAGCGAGCGGAGCCCCCGCCCCCGGCCGGCCCCGCCCCGGCCCGUAAGAGGCCCCCUGCGCGCGGGGAGAAGGCGCACAGCGCGGGGCCGGGCCCGGACGGCGAUGGCAGCUCAGCGGCUGGGCAAGCGGGUGCUGAGCAAGCUGCAGUCUCCGUCGCGGGCUCGCGGGCCGGGGGGCAGCCCCGGGGGGCUGCAGAAACGACACGCGCGUGUCACCGUCAAGUAUGAUCGGCGGGAGCUGCAGCGGCGGCUGGACGUGGAGAAGUGGAUCGACGGGCGCUUGGAGGAGCUGUACCGCGGCAGGGAGGCAGACAUGCCCGAUGAGGUCAACAUUGAUGAAUUGUUGGAAUUAGAGAAUGAAGAGGACAGAAGCCGGAAAAUCCAGGGACUCCUGACAUCGUGCGGCAACCCCACAGAGGACUUUGUCCAGGAGUUGCUGGUGAAGCUACGAAGCCUCCACAAGCAGCCAGGCCUCCGCCAGCCCAGCCCCUCCGAGGAGCGCAGCCUGGGCCCCCUCCAGGACCCGGCCCGGACCGCGCCACCCUGACCUUGCCCCCGGGGCGCCCUCCCUUCUCCCCUACCCUCCCCACCGUCCUGGCUUGUUUAUAAGUUGUAUGUGAUGGUUCUGUUACAACAC